GCACGUUACUUCUGGCUAAAUGAUUAUUUCAAUAAUACAUACAUAGACAUAUGUACAUACUAACACAAAAACAACAUAUGAUAUAUAUACGUAGAAUCAAUCCUCGUUUGUAUACAACAAUGACAAAGACACUUGAGAUUGACAUAAGAUCCGCAGAAGGGCUUAAGUUAAACCGGAGACUCUUAAACAAAAAGACAUUCGCCGUCGCAAAAAUCGGCGAGAAGUCUCGGAAGUCGCAUCCUGACGUAUCGAGAGGAAGCAGUCCAACGUGGAACUGCAAGUUGGAGAUGCCCAUGAGCGGGACUGUACAGUUCAUAUACAUCGAGGUGUGGUAUCGAACAAGUUCUGGACGUGAGAAGAAGAUCGGAGAAGCUAAGAUCCCAACGUCAGACUUCAUGGGAAGGUAUUCACCUGAAGGCCAUUUGAAUUUCUUGAGCUAUAGGUUAAGAGAUGAAUAUGGGGAUAAGUGUGGAAUCGUGAAUGUUUCAAUCAUGGUUAAACCUAUUUCCACAGAUGAGUUCAAGUCUCACACGGUGACGAAAGACUAUGGAGCAUGUUCGUCUCAAGCGGCGGAGACGGGUCUGUGGAGACUAAGGUCGGAGCCUCCGUCUAUCGAUGGAUACGGUGAUCAUCGGAUUGUUACAGGAGUUCCUGUUUGGUGUGUGCUUCAACGGCCAACGUAAAUAUUGGUGGUGUUUGGCUGCACAAAGACUUGUGAUAUUUAUUUUUUGUUACUAUACAAAAAAGAAAAACUUAUUUGAUGUUACAAAAAAGGAUUACAAGGUUCAGUAUUAAAGUCAAACUUGUUAUAUACUCUAUAUGUGCGUCUCGUCUGGUGUUAGACGAAAAGUUAGAAACACUUGCAACAGAGAUUUAAAUAAUACCCAUAAAAACGUUUCCCGCGGUGA